AUGGCUAUUGAAUUGGGACUUUCCCGUAUUACUAAACUAUUAGAGCAUUUGGGCAAUCCGCAAAACUCACUCAGAGUUCUGCACAUUGCAGGAACAAAUGGUAAGGGCUCAGUUUGUACUUACCUAUCGUCUGUGUUGCAACAAAAGUCCUGCCAGAUUGGCAAAUUCACCACUCCACACUUAGUGCACGUUACUGAUUCCAUCACAAUCAACAAUAAGCCGAUCCCGUUAGAAAGAUAUCGGAAUAUUAGAUUAAAACUAGAAGCUUUAAACAAAUCACACUCUCUGAAAUGCACCGAAUUCGAACUGUUAACGUGUACCGCAUUUAAAUACUUUUAUGACGUGCAGUGCCAGUGGUGUGUCAUAGAAGUGGGUCUUGGCGGAAGACUUGAUGCGACCAAUGUUAUUCCAGGUGCAAACAAGGCAUGUUGUGGUAUUACUAAAAUCGGUUUGGACCACGAAAGCUUUUUAGGUAACACCUUGUCUGAAAUUUCUAAAGAGAAAGCUGGUAUAAUAACAAAAGGGGUGCCCUUUACAGUAAUUGAUGGAACCAAUGAGCCAAAUGUCAUAAAAGUUGUUAAGGAUAGAUGUAAAGCUUUAGAGUCUAAACUAUUCAUUACAGAUCCUCAACUUAAUGGUAAUAUGAUUGACACCAAAUCCUGGGGUUGUUUUGACUUGGCGAAACUGCCACUGAAUGGAGAAUAUCAGAUAUUUAAUCUCAGAGUGGCUAUGGGUAUGUUAGACUACUUGCAAAUUAACGAACUUAUUAAUAUUACCAAAAAUGAGGUUAGUUCAAGAUUGGCGAAUGUUGAAUGGCCGGGGAGAUUAUAUCGUAUGGAUUACUGCUAUGACAAAUUAAGUAACGGGACAUUACCCAUACUGAUGGACGGUGCCCACAAUGGCUCUGCUGCAACAGAGUUGGUUAAAUACCUUAGAAAGGAAUACGGAAACCAGCCCUUGACCUUCGUGAUGGCAGUAACGUAUGGAAAAAGCUUGGAGCCGCUACUUCAGCCAUUAUUGAGGCCUGUAGAUCGAAUAAUUCUUACUCGUUUUAAUAACGUGGAAGGUAUGCCCUGGAUUCAUGCCACUGACCCUGAAGAGAUAAAAGAUUUCAUUUUGACUCAGGGAUAUACGAGUGAGAUAGAGAUUGAAAAUGAAUUGCAUCAGGUAUUGCCCUCUUUGGCCCAUGUAUCAAAAGAGCAAAGACGACCAAUCGUUGUGUGCGGUUCACUAUAUUUAUGUGGCGAAUUAUUACGAAUUCAUAACAGUCAUUUGAGAAACUAG